AUGAACAAUGGUGCUUUUGAACAAAGUGCAUCGGAUUGCAUGGAAAUUCGUAUGACAGAAGACGAGUUAAGAGAGGGGUCUUCCAUAGCAUUCUGCGAAAUUUGUUCGCGGACAUUUGCGAAUAAGAAUGCAUUCCGUCUGCACCAGGUGAAGACGCAUAAUCGUAUAUGCGGGGAAGUUGAUUCGGCAUUAUUUCAUCGAAAACGAGUUGCUUCAAAAACUGAAAGGCAUUACUUCUGUCCUGUCAUUGGUUGUCGGUUUAAUAAUGGUCGCUCUUUCAAUGCUUUCAAACUUCUUCAUCAACAUUUUUUUAAAGUUCACGGUGAAAAGCGUUUUAGAUGUGAUAAAUGCAAAACGGCAAGAUUCAGUUUGCAGCGUGAUCUACUAUAUCAUCAAAGGAAGCGGUAUUGUAAUAUCCAUACGUCAACAUUAAUUGGAAUGAAAUCAGAUUGUCCAGAAGUAGAAAGGCGUUCAAAAAAAUCACUUACGAAAAACAGCAAUCAAAAUAUGGUCUCUGUAUUGCCUGAGAAUAAAGUCACAAACGUCAUCAUCAUCAGUGUGAAUGCUGUUCAGGCCAGUCGUUCACGAUCUUUGAGAGAAAUUCAACCGAAACCAAACUUUCGGGCAACAAAAAGCAGCCAAACAGAUUAUGUGAAAUAUUAUGAUAGAUCGGUUAUGCGUCACGCAGGUUCACAGACGGCUCAGUGUAGUACUUGCGAACUCUCCACACCGGUAUUACACAAAUAUAACGAUUUCCACUGCCAAACACAUAUUGCAAGCGGAGUUGAGUUUGGUACGCAGAUCUAUCCGGAAGAUGUGGAUAGCAGUGAUCUCAAUGUAAAACACAACAAGACACAUAACGACUUCGAAUUUGAGGACAUCUGGCGUCAUAUUGAGACGCAAACUUCCACUUUUACUGGUAAUGAUGCACUGACGCAGACGGCUAUAGAUUUCAUGGACAGUGCAAGUAUGACUGACUGGGACCUGCUUAUUUGA